UCACACUGCCUGCCUGCUGCCCACCGGCUCCAACACCCCCGCUCAGCCCGGCCGUCACCUCCCAUCGCUCUCCACUCCUCCUGUGGUGAGAACACACACAGCCCAGGCCAUGCCUCCCCCACUGGGCUCUGACGAGCUGAUUUUCUUCGUGAAUGGGAGGAAGGUGACAGAGCGGGCUGUGGACCCGGAGGUGACCCUGCUGACCUUCCUGCGAAGGAAGCUUGGCCUCACAGGAACGAAGUCAGCCUGCGGAGGGGGAGGCUGCGGCGCCUGCACGGUGAUGCUGUCCAGGCACGACCCGGCCUCCGGGAAGCCCAGACACUUCUCCGUAACCGCGUGCCUGGUGCCCGUGUGCUCUCUGCACGGGGCGGCUGUCACCACCGUGGAGGGCGUGGGGAGCGUCAGAAGCAGGAUCCACCCGGUGCAGGAGAGGAUCGCCAAGAGCCACGGCACGCAGUGCGGCUUCUGCACCCCCGGGAUGGUGAUGUCAUUAUACACACUGCUUCGAAACUACCCACAGCCCUCGGAGGAGCAGCUCCUGGAGGCCCUGACAGGGAACCUGUGUCGCUGCACCGGGUACCGGCCGAUACUCGAGAGCGGCAGGACCUUCUGCUCAGACUCAGGCGGCUGCGGGCAGACAGAAAGCACACGGUGCUGCCUGGACCAGCCAGGAGGCGACUCCUGCCCGGCGGAGGACAGCAGCCUACCUGCUCGCAUGUGCUCGGAGUUGUUCACCAGAGCCGAGUUCUGGCCUCUGGACCCGACCCAGGAGCCCAUCUUCCCCCCAGAGCUCAUGCGCAUGGCGGAGAGCCCGGAACGACGCACGCUGACCUUCUGCGGGGACAGAGUCACCUGGGUCUCCCCCGGGACACUGCAGGAGCUCUUGGAGCUACGGGCACGACACCCUGACGCCCCACUGGUCCUGGGCAACACGGCCCUGGGCCCCGCCGCGAGGCCCCACGGCGGCGUCCACCCGGUGCUGCUCUCGCCCGCCCGGGUCCCGGAGCUGAGCGCCGCGGCCGACACGAGCGCCGGCCUGACCAUCGGUGCUGGCUGCAGCCUGGCCCAGGUGCAGGACAUCCUGGCCAAGAGCAUCGCCAAGCUCCCCGGGGAGAAGACUCGGACACUCCAAGCCCUCGCCAGGGCCCUGCGCAGCCUGGCGGGCCAGCAGAUCCGGAACCUGGCGUCCUUAGGGGGCCACGUCAUGAGCCAGCACAGCUAUUCCGACCUGAACCCCAUCCUCGCUGUGGGCCGGGCGGCCCUCAACCUUCGGUCAGAAGGGGGCGAGAGGGUGAUCCCCCUGGACGAGAACUUCCUGGCGGGGGUGGCAAGCGCCGGCCUGCGGCCCGGGGAGAUGGUGGAGUCCGUGCACAUCCCCCACACCCGGAAGUGGGAAUUCGUGUCCGGCUUCCGGCAGGCCCAGGCCCCGAAGAACGCCGUGCCGCACGUGAGCGCCGGCCUGCGCGUGCUGUUCAAGGAGGGCACGGACGCCAUCGAGGACCUGAGCAUCGCCUACGGCGGGGUGGGCGCCACCACAGUCAUGGCGCCACGGUCCUGCCAGCAGCUCCUGGGCAGGCACUGGACGGAGGUGACGCUGGACGAGGCCUGCAGGCUGGUGCUGGGCGAGGUCGUCGUCCCCGGCUCGAUCCCCGGCGGCCGGGCAGAGUUCAGGAGGACCCUGCUGGUCAGCUUCCUUUUCAGGUUCUACCUGCAGGUUCUGCAUGAGCUGAGGACACGCUGGUUUCCCGGGCCCCCGAGCGCCCUGAGCGACAGCUGCUGGUGUCCGAAGCUCCCAGACCAGUUCCUCAGUGCGCUGGAGGACUUCCCAGUCACCGUGCCCCGGGGCUUGCAGACAUACCAGAGUGUGGACCCUCAGCAGCCGUCCCAAGACCCGGUGGGCCGCCCCAUCAUGCACCUGUCCGGCCUGAAGCAUGCCACGGGGGAGGCUGUGUUCUGUGACGACCUCCCCAGGCUGGACAGAGAGCUGUGCAUGGCCCUGGUGACAAGCACCAGGCCUCACGCAAAGAUCGUGUCAGUGGACCCGUCCAAGGCCCUCGGGCUCCCCGAGGUGGUCAGUGUGAUAACAGCCGAGGACAUCCCAGGCACCAACGGCACUGAGGGCGACAGGCUGCUGGCUGUGGAUGAGGUGCUGUGUGUGGGCCAGGUCAUCUGUGCCGUGGUAGCAGAGACAGACGUGCAGGCGAAGCGAGCAGCUGAAGAGGUCAGGGUCACCUACGAGGACCUGCAGCCCGUCAUCUUCAGCAUCCAGGAUGCCAUAAAGCACAGCUCCUUCCUGUGCCCUGAGAAGAAGCUGGAACAGGGAAGCAUUGAGGAGGCGUUUGCAAAAGUGGACCAAGUCCUGGAAGGAGAGGUGCAUGUCGGGGGUCAGGAGCACUUCUACAUGGAGACGCAGAGGGUGCUUGUUGUUCCCAAGGCUGAGGACCGAGAGCUGGACAUCUACGUGUCCACCCAGGACCCUGCCCACGUGCAGAAAACAGCGGCCUCGACCCUGAACGUCCCGCUCAGCCGGGUCACCUGCCACGUGAAGCGCGUGGGCGGAGGCUUCGGGGGCAAGGUGGGGAGGCCAGCCACGCUCGGGGCCAUCGCCGCGGUGGGCGCAGUCAAAACUGGCCGUCCUGUUCGUCUCGUCCUUGAUCGUGAAGAGGAUAUGUUAAUAACUGGGGGAAGGCACCCACUAUUCGGAAAAUAUAAAGUGGGCUUUGCGAACAGCGGACGGAUCAAAGCGCUGGACAUCGAGUGCUACAUUAAUGGGGGCUGCACGCUGGACGACUCCGAGCUGGUCACAGAAUUUCUCAUACUAAAACUGGAAAAUGCAUACAAAAUCCGAAACCUCAGGUUCCGGGGCCGGGCGUGCAGGACGAAUUUACCGUCCAAUACAGCAUUCCGUGGGUUUGGCUUCCCGCAAGGAGCCCUGGUAACAGAGUCGUGCAUCACAGCCGUGGCAGCCAAGUGCGGCCUUCCGCCAGAGAAGGUCAGGGAGAAGAACAUGUACUGGGCGGUGGACAAGACCAUCUACCAGCAGGCGUUCAACCCCGAGCCCCUGGGCCGCUGCUGGGCUGAGUGCCUGUCCCGGGCCAACCUCAAGGCCCGGCGGGCGCAGGCUGACGCCUUCAACCAGCAGAGCCACUGGAGGAAGCGGGGCAUCGCUGCCGUGCCCAUGAAGUUCUCGGUCGGCUUCGCGGCCACCAGCUUCCACCAGGCAGCAGCACUGGUGCACAUCUACACAGACGGCUCUGUGCUGGUCACCCACGGUGGGAACGAGCUGGGACAGGGGAUCCACACCAAGAUGCUCCAGGUGGCCAGCCGUGAGCUUCGGGUCCCCAUGUCCCGGCUGCACAUCCAGGAGACCAGCACGGCGACCGUGCCGAACACCGUGGCCACCGCCGCAUCCAUCGGCGCUGAUGUCAACGGCAGGGCUGUGCAGAACGCCUGUCAGACCCUCCUGAAGCGCCUUGAACCCAUCAUUAAGAAAAAUUCAGAAGGCACCUGGGAAGACUGGAUAGACGCAGCAUUUGAACAAAGAAUCAGUCUCUCAGCCACUGGAUACUUUAGGGGCUACAAGGCCUCCAUGGACUGGGAGAAGGGGGUGGGAGACCCCUUUCCGUACUAUGUCUUUGGGGCCGCCUGCUCUGAGGUCGAGAUCGACUGCCUGACCGGUGCGCACAGGAAACUCAGGACAGACAUCGUCAUGGACACCGGCUGCAGCCUGAACCCAGCCAUCGACAUUGGCCAGGUGGAAGGCGCGUUCCUCCAGGGCGCCGGCCUCUACACCUCGGAGGAGCUGCACUACUCCCCGGAGGGCGCCCUGCUGUCCCGAGGGCCAGGGCCACAUGAGUACAAGGUCCCCACUGUGGCCGACGUCCCGGAGGAGCUUAACGUCACCCUGCUGCCGUCGGCACCAGAACGGACCCAGCUCUCCAUCUACUCGUCCAAGGGCCUCGGCGAGUCCGGGAUGUUCCUGGGGUCGUCCGUGUUCUUUGCCAUCAGCGACGCAGUGGCGGCAGCGCACAGGGACAGGGGCCUCGUUGAGGACUUCACAGUGAGGAGCCCAGCCACGCCAGAACGCGUGCGCAUGGCCUGCGAGGAUCGCUUCACAGAGAUGAUCCCGAGAGAGACCCCUGGAACAGCAAAACCUUGGUGUAUCCCUAUCUCAUAGCCCUCCGUCGUCUCCUGAGAGGUGAAAAGAUGACUUCUUAAUCAUAACUCCAAGCUGAUAUUCUUAUACUAUUGUGGGGCGGGAGGUACACAAUUUAGAAACAUGAUUCAAGCCUAAUUACAUUAAAAAAAUGAAUCAUUAUUUACAAAUCACUUCAACUCCUCAGCCCAGAGGUCAGAAAGGACUGCAGGAGUUUAAUGAUUUGUUUCUGAAAGGAUCAUGGAAAAGCUGCAGUAAAGGCCCAUUCCUCCUCUGUGUCCUGCCGACCCAAUAGACGCGUCUCGCAGCUGUGAUCGCUGGUGAUGAUGGUGAUCACAGUACCGGGGGACUCCCCUGGUGGUGUCCUCAGGGCACCACUAUUCUCGACCCCAGGGCGAGCCAGGCUUCUGACAGCACAGGAGUGUGGUUUCCGCCUGUAGAUUCACCAUUCCACUGGUCCCAUUCCUUCAGGAUUUGGAAGGGAAAAACUGCAAAACAUUUUGGUUUUGUGUUUGGUUUCAUUGGUGAGAAACAUCUGAUCUGGUGCCAGCACUUCAGAAAUGCUGCCUGCCUCCCUGUCCGUACACUGAAUUGGGCGAGGAGCAAAUGAAUCUCGGAUCACGGUCACACUUCGGUUUACAGCAGGCAGGGAGCUUUGAGUGGUGCCGAGCUCACUGGCCUCACCGUGCUAAGCUCUGAGUUCAAUUCCUAGCACCUCAGAAAUAAAAAUACAAGCAUUCAAAGAGAAAGCAUGCCGACCCAUGGAGUUCCAAUGGGUUUUAGGAACUCUCUGGAAGAAUCAGCAGAUAAACACUGAGCAGAGUCAUGAGGAAAACGGCAGAAUCCACAGCUCAGGUCCCCACCUGGCAGACCUGAUGGGGAGGCUGCAGCCUCCUUCGAAUGGAGGGACAGGCACUGUUGGCCAAGGGUCCUCCUGCCGCAUGGGGCUCCACUAGGCCCAGGAGCCCAAGCGAGAGAGCAGCACCAAGGAAGGAGAUUGGACCAGGGGGUCACAGGCAGAGCGGGGACUCCGUGGGAGUGGAGGGGGUGAAAUAAGCUGAAAGUAAAGCGAUUUUAAAAGCUCUUUUUGCAAAUAAAGCCUUGAUCAUGUAAUCUAA